UUAACAUUUAAAUCAAUAAAUACCAAUGACUUAAUUAAAAAUAAUUUAAAAUUAUCACAUAAACCAUUUUUAAAAUUAAAUUUAUUGUCAUUGGAUCUUAGUAAUAACAAUAGGAUAGGUUUAGACUGUAUACAAUUAAUCAAAGAUCUCUUACCCCAACUACCUCAAUUACAAUCAAUAAAUCUGUCAAAUAUAUCACUGUGUACUGAAGGUUUACGAAUGCUAUUAGAGUAUUUAAGGCAAAACAAGUCAAUCCGAAAGAUCAAUCUAUCAAACAAUGGAAUAUAUCCCAACGGUGCAGAAGAUAUUGCCAAUAUAUUGUUAAAAAAUAACUAUUCUAUAGAGUCAUUGGAUUUAAGCGAAAAUAGGAUAUCUUUAAUCGGAUUACGUUCAAUUCUAAAUGCAUUGGCUCCAACAGACCCACUAUGUAAAAGUGAAUCUUCAUUGAAAUCACUUUACUUGCGUCGUAUGAUGAUAUCAUUCGAAGAAUCAACAUUAAUCAGGAACAUGAUAUUUCAAACACUACAUCUUAAAACACUAGAUUUCUCAUCGAAUCAAAUUAAUAGAGAAUCUUUGGCUAUUAUAUGCGAAGCUUUAUCUGUAAACAAUACUAUACAAGAUUUAAAUUUAAGCUUUAAUAUAUUUGGGCCUCAAGGAUGCGCUGAAAUCGCAAAAACUCUAACUCAAAAUAAAUCAAUAUCCAGUUUGCAUUUACAUUGUGUUGGUAUGAAAAAAGAAGGUGCUCAAGUUUUAGCAGAAUCAUUAAAAAACAAUCAUUCUUUAACUCGAUUAAAUUUAAGCAAUAACGAAAUCAAAGCUUCAGGUUGCAACCAUUUCAUUAAACUCUUGAAAUCCAAUCAUUCAAUUCACUAUAUGGACUUAUCAUGUAACUCUAUCAAAAAUAAAUCUUCAUUAUACCAAGAUCUAUGCAAAAUUAUCAAUACUAAAAUUGAUUUAAAUGGUAAUUCUAUAAAUCAAAAAUUUUAUAAAAAUAAAAAAGAAAAUUGUAAUAUAAUGUAA